UUGAUCCGGGUAGCUCUCGCGGGGGCAGCUCUCUCGGAUUCGGGGAAAAAAGCUGGCAAAAAGGAAGCGAAGGGGGGGAGACCGUCGAGCGCGCUUCUUCUCGCUCUCGAAGAGCAGAGAGAACACGGGGGGCGAAGAAGAAAAAAACGACAAGCAUAUCGACGAGAAGAAGACAAUAAACAGUCGUUGGACUUGAAGUCGCGCUCGUGUUGUAAGAAUUACUAAGUAGUAAGAGAAGAGAGAAGCGCGGCUGAAGGUGUGGCUGAUGCUGCUCGAAUAGUGUGUCAAUAUAGUGUCGUGCGCGAGAGAGCUGGUCGUAGUAAGUAGGCGUUAGUCGUGGUUAUGGUGUGUGUACGCGCUGCUGCUCUCCUGUGUUAUUCAUAUACAUAUGCAAGUGCAAGUGCUGCAGUUGGUGUGUAGAGGUAUCGCAUUGUAAUAGGUUUACGCGCGCGCGCGCGCGCGAGAGCGAGGCGAUGUUUUCCCUCGAGCCGAGUAGACUCAGGUGAAGCUGCUGCAUCGCUAGCUAGCUUCCUCCUCUCCCCUGUACCGUAGUAGCGAAACAUGCAGACCGAGUUGUACGUUGCCCAGCAGCCGAGCAAUGCAGCGCUAGAAGGAGCAGCGACAACAAACGCGAGCUGCACGGGUUAACCAGGUCGUACGCACGCACGCACACUUUGACUGGCAUCAAAGCAUCGUCGUCCCGACGGCGAACCACAUGUGCCCCACACUAGCAUAGUUGAAUGACAGCUUUGCCAAAUCCAGACGAGAGAGACCACCAAUCCUGGCAUCAUGAGUAGCUGGACUGAGAGGAUGCAUCGGCGGGCAGCUACACUAGGCAAUGUUGUCACUAGCUGUGGCCAUCCCUCAUCCGUCUCACCUUACCCAAGACGUCUAGACAAAGUCAAAUUUGGAGUUCCACUCGAUGAAGUCUGCAAGAAUGACAUACCCGGCCCCUUAUUGGUCUUGAUACUGAAGCUCAAUAAAGAAGCACCGCUGCGUAAAGAUGUGUUUAGAGCUCCAGGGCACCAGGGUAACAUGAAGAAGCUCAUUCACUUUCUUCAAACUGGACGCCUAGUUAACAUGGACAACUUUAGUGUUUAUACAAUCGCUAGUGUUUUGAAAAAAUUUCUAAGAAAAAUACCUGGCGGUGUCUUUGGAAGAGAGGGAGAGCAGCAACUUUUUGAUGUAAUUCAACUGGAUAGUAUAGAGCAACAAAGGGACCAGAUACACAAACUCAUUACCUCUCUACCGAUCUACACUCAGCGCUUGCUGGUACUCUUAUUUGGAACAUUCAGGGUGGUAGCAGUAAACAGUGAAAGAGCAAGGACAGGCAUGACCAGUGAAGCUCUAGGUGUUUCAGUUGCUCCGUCUUUUUUUCAAAGUUGUGUUAGUGAUGGGAAAACUGCAAAGAUGGAGGAUGUCCUUAGGUUUAAGGUUGCCACAAGAGUAAUGAAGUUCAUGAUAGACAAUUUUGGAGUAUCAAAUUUAUUCGGAAGAGAGAACUACGAAUUUUACGCACGCAUCACUGGAAGAAUAUUGAAGGUGGAAGAAAACUGGAUAUUUAGUUUCCGCUAUCCGCCAGAUACGUUAGUGUCGCCAAUGUCCCAUCAAGAGGAAUCGCAAUCGACACCAGCAUUGAUCCAUGUACCAGAGUCCCUAGACCUCACAUCGUCGCUAGGCAUGAUUCCCGAAAACACGCUUUUAGAGAGUUACACGCGUCUUUCCGUUAGCCUCGAGGAGAACGGAUUUUUUCAAGCUUCUAGCCGUUCGUCCAGCAAUGGCAGUCAUCACUCGCGUCACGCAGGAAUGACUUUGGACGAACUCAGAGCAGUAAAUCGUUAUGCAGAGAGCACCAAGAGCCUCAGCUAUUUGCCUCAGGUACAUGAGCGACAAACCGCACGCAUGCGAACUAGAUCCGAGUGGUUUCUAACUCCCGUUGGCGAAAGAUUGGCUGCCACAGACAGCGAUCCCACAGCCAUGCACGUUCUUCGCGGCUCCAAUCGUUCUUCUUCCGGCAACAUAGCGACAGGACUGAGUGCCAGCGCCGAAUCAGUAAAGCGUCCGAGUAUACGGCGAAAUUCUUCACGGGAAAAGUCGCGCUUGCAUCGCAGCUCCUCGCGGCGUAACAAAGAGAACGGCGCCAAGAGUCGUGGAGCUUCGGAGAGCUCGAAAUCACGCUCUCUAGAGACUGUCAAGGCGAAAGGCGCGAGAGUCACGAUCGAUCAGCAACCCGCCGAGAAGAUGAUAAAAAAUAGUGAUGAGCUUAGUCAACUGGCCGAGCAGAACAACACCGGGAAUGCGCAUCAACAAUCGGACAUAGCUAUCGGUCCUCAAGACUGCACUGAGAUGGACAUUCAGACGUUUCACGUCACUCUCACCUACAAGCCGCGCAUCUAGUAAAUUACAUUCGUUAUCAUCCUAUCGAUCUAGUGCAUAUACCCUAUCUUCUUCUCUACUUCUUUUCUCGCAACUCGCGUCAAGCUCGCCUGCAGUAAACACUUCCGUCCGGCAAGCUCUAGAUCUCACUCUCUACCUAAGUAAUGUGGACACUGAUAUGUACUGAUUUCUGUUUCGGCGGACCAUGUUAUCCGAAUGAAAACUACUAAUUCAAAGUGUUGUGGUCGUCAUUUUGUGAUAAAAGCAUGAAUUUGAUCCUCCGAUCUCAAGAUGAAGAAUUUGUACGACGGAAUGUUGUUAAUGCAGUUGCGGCAAGAGUGAUAUAAAAAAACGCGUAGAUUACGUGCACUGGUACACGGCUCAUAAAAUGAAAUCCAAACUUCGUGACUCGUUUGAUAUGUAUAUUUUUAGCGGUAUGAAAUUCUUUUAUUACGAGUGCGUUCGAGUUCGAUACGACGACAUAUACUAAUGAUUUUUCGUAUUUCCAUUGCACCGUGUAAAUCGUGAAAGCAUUGGAAAGAUAUAUUUAUUAAUACGGUUGUUUUAUAUGUGAUUUUACCUUCUAAUAUUAAAGAAUUUAUAUAGAAUGUAGUGUCUCGAACAAUAAGUAGAAAACGCUUGAGAUACUGCCGAGAAAAAAUGUCGGAUUGAUAUACAAUAUAAUGUCGUUAACAUUAUUAAUAAUUUUAAUUAGCCAAAUUUCAAGAAUAGCGUAAUAAUAACGAUAAUAGCGUAUAAUCCAUCCGUUUCUAAUGCCAAAUUUCAGUGAUUUUGGGAUUAAUUGGUUAGUGUAAAUGUGAAAAAUUGCAGGCUGAUAAUUAAUCAGAAAAAAAUCGUCAUUUUUUUGAUACUUGAUUUUAUGAUACAACACUCAAAACGUUGACUUAUAAUAUGAUUUGAGAGAUGAUAACAAGAUUGAAUAGUCUGUUGAUCAGUCGAGCCAAACUGAUUCGUGUGUGUACAUAUAUAUAUCACAUAUGAUACCGCAAAUAUUCAUAUGGAUUUUAACUAUAAGCUCAUUCCACCAAUCAAUUUUUAUACUAUAUACUCUAAACGAUUGAGAAAUCAUACUAAAUCAUUCCAAGCGCAUUUAUUUGUAAGUAUAAGUCAUCAAGUUAAUGGACAUAAAUAUAAAUUUGUUUUCUUUUUAUCUUGUGUAAUUAUAAGCCGUACACAAUCUCACAGGUUUUCGGUUUCGAAAAUAAGUUAGUGGAAACGAAAGUAUUAAUAACAAUCGUUGUUAUGGCAAAAAGCCUAUAAAGUGAAAGCUCUCUACAUAGCAACAUGAAAAAAAGAAACAAUAGUUAAACAAUCACUUGCCAUUGCAUCAAGACUCUGUUCGAUAUAUAUCUCAGAUCGACGUUUGCCUUAAGCUUCUUCGAAACGAAAGAAGUAACAGCUUUGCUUCAAGAGAAGUAAAUUAUUAUUAUUAUUAUUAAGGCGUGACGUUCUAUUCGUUGACGUGUAUUGUAAAUUACGCGAGCGGCAUAAGAAGGCAUAGCCACUUUUAUUUAUCCUCCGUUUAUAUAACUCGGCAUGUCGAAAAUUCAUCUCGUUUUAUAAAGUGUUCCGUAAAAGUAUAGAGUAUUAUAUGAAAAUUUUACACAUGUGCUAUAGCUAUGUGUACAAACGUAUACAUUUACCUAAAAGCACACACGCACGAUUGUUUUCGUGUCUAAGUGUUUGAUAUUAUAAUUAUUCAGACAUUUUGAGACUAAAAACAAUGCAAUGAAUGAAUUUAUCCAUCUCGCGAUUUAAUAAUUGAAAAGUUGUCAAAACAUUACUUAGUUAAGAAACUCAAGUAUUAUUGCAUUAUAUUGCAUUGAAUACAAUUGAUUUUCGAAUAAUCUACACGCAAUUUUAAGAGUCUUUUCUUAUGCAUAUCUGGCUAUAAUGUCAAUUAGAUUCUUUAGUAUUAUUUUACUUCAGUGAAAUUCGCUAUGAAGGAAAUACCUUUUUCAACUUUGAACUUGCGUUCAAUCUAACAGAAGCUUUUUUCUACAGCACAUUUACAAGUAACUUUACAUACGAAAAUUAAAAGAGAAAAAAAAGUAAAAUAAGAAAAUAAAAACAAACACCACUUUAAACCCACCUAUCGUAACGCAACUUAAUGUAUGAAAUUAUAUGUUGUUUUUAUAAAAUAUAUCAAGUUGAUUAAACGUU